GUGAGAUGCCUGCAGGCGCGGGGAGGACGCUUCAUCUAUUGGCAACUGAUCAUAGCAUGUAUUUUACCUCUACACACUUUUUCCUGGAUAAGUGAAGUUUUUUUUGUGUUUGUUUCUUCUGUGCAGUAAAGGUUCACGGGGCCAUCAUGAAUCCACCCUGUGGGAGAUGCAACAAACCAGUUUAUCCAACAGAAAAAAUAAACUGUCUUGACAAGUAUUGGCACAAAGGUUGUUUCAGCUGUGAAGUAUGCAAGAUGGCUCUGAGCAUGACGAACUACAAAGGCUUUGAGAAGAAACCUUACUGCAGUAUGCAUUACCCUAAAACGUCCUUCACCAUCGUGACUGACACCCCUGAGAAUCUGCGUCUCAAGCAGCAGACCAUGCUCAACAGCCAGGCCCUUUACAAGGAGAACUUUGAGAAAAGCAAGGGCAAAGGCUUCAGCGUGGUGGCCGACACCCCGGAGAUGCAGAGACUGAAGAAGACGCAAGACCAGAUCAGCAACAUAAAGUACCAUGAAGAAUUUGAAAAGAGCAAGGUUCGAGAAGGCGCACCUCCUCCUGAAAACAGGAAAGACGAUGAAGAGCAAAACUUGAACCCUCAGAGAAUCAGUCAACCUGCCGGUCAGAUGCGACCUGCAGCUGGAGCACCACCUAGUGGAGGGGGACGCUACCAGGCCUUGUACAGCUACGUGGCAGCAGAAGCGGACGAGGUUUCUCUCCAGGAAGGCGAUCUGAUCUUAGACGUGGAGCCAAUAGAUGAGGGGUGGAUGUUUGGAUGCAACCAGCGCACGGGGCAGCGGGGGAUGCUCCCGGUGAACUAUGUCAGGCCUGUGUGAGACAGAAAAACAAAAACCUGCCAAACAGACAGUAUGAGGUCCACUUCCUGCCAGCUGGACCACAAUGAAGCUUAUACAUCAUAUUUGCAAAUUAAAACCCAAUGUGGAGGGA